AUGCUUGGUCACCAGUUCGCUCAGUCUGUAGCUCCCAUACGCCAGAUCAAAGAAGUUCAGUUUGGAAUCCUUUCCCCAGAUGAAAUCAAAGCGUACUCGGUCGCAAAGAUCGAGUUUCCAGAAGUCAUGGACGAACAACAAAAGCAAAAAGAAGGUGGUCUGGCUGAUCCAAGAAUGGGGACAAUAGACCGUAACUUCAAAUGUGCGACUUGUGGCGAGGGUAUGGCAGAGUGCCCAGGGCAUUUCGGUCACAUUGAGCUCGCUCGUCCAGUCUUUCACAUAGGUUUCUUGGGCAAAGUCAAGAAGAUCUUGGAGUCCAUUUGUGUCAACUGUGGAAAGCUGAAAGUCGAUCCCUACACCGAUCCGCAACUUGCGAGUAAACUGAAACUCACACGCAACAACCCCAAAGCACGCAUGGCUGUUGUGUGGAGUGUCUGUAAAGGCAAGAUGACUUGUGAGCCCGAUGAGGUCAAGGAAGACGAACAGGAGGGAGGCCCGCCAGUCGAGGUCAAGAAAGGGCAUGGAGGCUGUGGCCAUCACCAACCUCAGAUUCGCAAGGAGGGCCUAAAGUUGUUCUUCAAUUACAAGAAGCAGAAUGACGAUGAGGAAUCCCGUCCAACCGUGCAAGAGAAGCGCCAGGUGUCUGCCCAAGACGUAUUCAGUGUCUUCCGCAAGAUCUCCACAACUGAUCUUGAGAUGCUUGGUCUCUCCGAAGCUUAUGCAAGACCAGAUUGGAUGAUCCUGACGGUACUCCCUGUGCCACCUCCGCCAGUUCGACCUUCAAUCUCGGUUGACGGCGGGGUUCGGCGGAGUGAAGACGACCUGACCUACAAACUCGCCGAAAUAAUUCGUGCGAGUGGCAAUGUACGUCGCAGCGAGCAAGAAGGUGCACCCCCGCACAUAGUCUCGGAGUACGAGCAGCUGCUGCAAUACCAUGUUGCGACGUAUAUGGACAACGAUAUCGCUGGUGUCCCGCAGGCAAUGCAAAAGUCUGGUCGACCAAUCAAGGCCAUUCGUGCUCGAUUAAAGGGGAAGGAAGGACGGCUAAGAGGCAAUUUGAUGGGAAAGCGUGUCGAUUUCUCCGCGCGCACGGUCAUCACUGGAGAUCCCAAUCUCCAACUGGAUCAAGUUGGUGUACCGCGAAGCAUUGCUAUGACACUGACCUACCCAGAGAGGGUGACGCGCUACAACAUUCAGUAUCUCACCGAACUGGUUCGGAGAGGUCCACAGGAAUACCCUGGUGCACGUUACGUGAUUCGCGACACCGGAGAGCGUAUCGAUCUCAAGUACAAUAAACGAAGCGACUCGCUCCUCCAGUUUGGAUGGAUAGUGGAGCGACAUUUGAAGGAUGGUGACUACGUUCUCUUCAAUCGUCAGCCCAGUCUACACAAGAUGAGCAUGAUGUCUCAUCGUGUCAAGAUUAUGCCGUACUCGACCUUCCGAUUGAAUCUCUCUGUGACCCCUCCCUACAACGCCGAUUUCGAUGGAGACGAAAUGAAUUUGCACGUCCCGCAGAGCGAAGAGACGAGAGCGGAGCUCAGCCAAAUCGCUUGGGUUCCUCGGCAGAUUGUCUCCCCACAAGCCAACAAACCCGUCAUGGGUAUCGUCCAGGAUACUCUAUGCGGUAUCAGAAAGUUCACGCUUCGCGAUACUUUUGUCGACUGGAUCCAAGUUCAGAACCUCCUGCUUUGGCUUCCCGGCUGGGACGGUAUCGUUCCGACACCCACUAUCCUCAAGCCGAAGCCGCUUUGGACCGGGAAGCAGCUAUUGAGCAUGUGUAUCCCGCGAGGGAUCAACGUACUUAGGCUCCCAGAGUCUCGAAGUCAUAACCCUCCUGCGGAUGAUGGCAUGAUGAUCGAAAAUGGCGAGAUCAUCUUUGGAGUUGUUGACAAGAAGACGGUUGGCGCCACUCAAGGCGGUCUCGUUCACGUCGUCUUCCGAGAAAAAGGCCCAGAAAUCUGUCGCGAUCUCUUUUCUGGCCUUCAGAUGAUCGUGAACUUUUGGCUCUUCCACAAUGGCUUCAGCAUCGGUAUCGGCGACACUAUUGCUGAUAACCAAACCAUGCAAGGAGUCUCGGAAGCCAUUCUGUCCGCCAAGCAAAAGGUGCAAAAGCUCAUCGAAGACGCGAGCAACGAUCGACUCAAAGCGGAACCUGGCAUGACGAUUCGAGAGUCAUUUGAGAGUCAUGUCAAUAUGCACCUCAACAAGGCCCGCGACACCGCCGGAAAAAUGGCGCAGGAGAGUCUGAAGGAUAGCAACAACGUCAAGCAGAUGGUCGUCGCUGGGUCGAAAGGCUCUUUUAUCAACAUCGCACAGAUGUCCGUCGCGGUGGGUCAGCAAAGCGUGGAGGGCAAGCGUAUUCCAUUCGGCUUCCGGCAUCGUUCGCUGCCGCACUUCACAAAGGACGACUUCAGUCCAGAAUCCAGAGGUUUCGUUGAGAACUCAUACCUCAGGGGUCUGACACCGUCUGAAUUCUUCUUCCAUGCCAUGGCUGGUCGCGAAGGGUUGAUCGAUACAGCUAUCAAAACAGCAGAGACUGGUUAUAUCCAGCGACGACUGGUUAAGGCCCUGGAGGAUGUCAUGGUUUGCUAUGAUGGCACUGUGCGAAACUCGCUAGGUGAUAUUCUCCAGUUCACCUACGGAGAGGAUGGUAUCGACGGUGGAUUCAUCGAACGUCAAAGCGUGGCUACAUACCACCUCUCCAAUCAGGCAUUCGAAAGGAAAUAUCGAGUGGACGUCACCGACCCGAAGCUUGGCUUUGCUCAUGGUGUGCUUCAGCCUGGGCUCGAGGACCACUCCUUGGAGCUGCAAAUGAAGCUCGAUGCGGAGUGGGAGGAGCUGCGACGAGACAGAAAACUGCUACGCGAGUUCAUUUUCAGAUACUCGGAUCCCGGAGCCGACCGCUACAUGCCAGUCAACGUUCGUCGUGUCAUCCAGAACGCGCAACAAAUUUUCCACAUCGAUCGACGCGAAGCCAGCGAUCUUCAUCCGGGAGAAAUCUACGACAAGCUUCGAGAGCUUAUGAGUCGCUUAAUCGUCGUUCGUGGCGAUGAUGAACUGAGUUUAGAGGCCCAAAACAAUGCCACGAUGAUGUUCAAGAUGCACCUUCGCGCCACGUUUGCCACCAAGCCGGUUUUAGAGGAGUACCAUCUCACGAAGCAAGCCUUUGAGUGGGUUCUAGGAGAAAUCGAGACUCGAUUCAAUCAAUCCCUGGUUCAGCCAGGUGAGAUGUGUGGUACCCUAGCCGCUCAAUCUAUUGGUGAGCCGGCCACCCAGAUGACGCUCAAUACCUUCCAUUAUGCUGGUGUAUCAAGCAAGAACGUCACACUUGGUGUCCCUCGCCUCAAGGAGAUCAUCAACGUCGCGACCAAUAUCAAGACGCCAAUUCUGACUGUAUACCUUCAAGAUGAAAUCGCUCGUGAGGAGACUGGUGUGCUUGCCAAGGCCGUCCAAACGGAACUCGCAUUCACAACACUUCGCACCAUUACCUCGACUGUCGAGAUCCACUACGACCCCGAGCCAACUACGACGGUCAUCGAGGAGGAUAAGGACUUCGUCGACGCCUUCUUUGCCAUUCCCGAUCCAGAGAUUGAGGCGAAGCUUCAUGUCCUUUCGCCUUGGGUGCUUCGUCUGGAGCUUGACCGGUCGAAGAUGUUGGAUCGCAAGCUUGAAAUGGCCUACGUUGCGUCGAAGAUCGGUGAAAAGUUCACGUCUGAUCUUUUCAUCAUUUGGAGUGAAGACAAUUCUGAGAAACUGAUCAUUCGCUGCCGUAUCGUGCAUACCCCAGAAAAGAUGGAAGCGAUGAGCGAUUUCUCGGACGACCUCUUCCUUCGUCAACUGGAGGUCACACUCCUCAAUACCGUCGAUCUUCGUGGUGUACCCGGGGUUGAUCGUGUAUUCUUGGUCAAGAAGGACAAAGUCAUCACGCGGCCGGACGGCACUUUGCAAAACAAGGCACUGACGGAUGCGGAGCGUGAGUGGGUGCUGGAGACAGAUGGUGUCAAUUUGAAGAAGGUUCUGGCUGUCGACGGUGUCGACUUCCGUAGGACGACAUCGAAUAGUUGCACGGAAAUCUUCAGCGUGCUUGGUAUUGAAGCUGCACGGGCCUCGCUCCUGCGCGAGCUGCGAGGAGUCAUCGAAUUUGACGGAUCCUACGUCAACUACCGACAUCUCGCGAUUCUUGUGGACUUGAUGACGAAUAAGGGUAACCUCACAGCAAUUACCAGACACGGUAUCAACAGAGCCGAUACUGGGGCGCUCAUGAGGUGCUCGUUCGAGGAAACAGUUGAAAUUCUAAUGGACGCUGCGUCUCUCGGAGAGAAGGACGAUUGUCGCGGCAUUGCCGAGAAUGUCAUGUUCGGCCAAAUUGCUCCCAUGGGCACAGGGUCAUUUGACGUGGCCUUGGAUAUGGAGAUGUUAAAGGACGUAAUGGUAGAAUCAACCGUGCCGAUACCACACAUGAUGGGCUCUGUAAUGGACGGCGCGGCAACUCCGGGCGGUGUCAUGACACCGUACGACAACAACUCCCCGAUGCCGUACGAAUUGAAGGUCGACCACCAAGCAGCCUUCUCUCCAUUACAUAUGAAUGGUACAGAUGACGCACCGUCAUUUGAUUGGCAAGGCUAUGCGCCGAGUCCAAUGCGUCCGGCCUCGGGGGGAAUGUCGCCACACGGAUAUAGCCCUUCCUCGCCGAGACAUUAUUCCCCUACCUCCCCGAACAUUACAGCAAUGUCUCCAUAUCAUCAUAUGGCCGGUGCGACCUCACCAUUCUCGCCGAUGCAGCAGUCACCUUGGUUCGACCGAACACGUGCCAGUGCUACAUCUCCAGCAUAUUCUCCGGGAAUGACCUCUCCAGGCUAUUCCCCAACCAGUCCGAGAUAUUCGCCGACCAGUCCUGGGUACAGCCCUACCAGCCCGGUAUACUCCCCUACAAGCCCUAAGUAUUCACCAACGAGUCCCAAGUAUUCGCCAACGUCACCUCGAUACUCGCCCACUAGUCCUAAAUACUCGCCUACAAGCCCUCGGUAUUCGCCUACGAGCCCAACUUACUCUCCAACGAGCCCUCACUACUCCCCAACAAGUCCCAAGUAUUCGCCAACUAGCCCCCGGUACUCUCCGACAAGUCCAAAGUAUUCGCCCACGUCUCCUCGCUACUCUCCUACCAGCCCUCAAUAUUCACCAACGUCCCCUGCCCGUCCGGCGGGCAUGUCCCCUGCCUCACCGAGAUAUUCUCCUACCUCUCCUGCUUAUGCUCCAAAAUCUCCACAGUAUUCCCCAGCUUCUCCUCAAUACAGCCCGACGUCUCCGCAAUGGAGUGGAAACACCUCGCAAGGAUCUACACAGGGCAACAGCGGCUCGACGCAGUACAAGUCGAGUCCCUCGUGGGAAUAA